AUGGAAGGCCUCAGCAAGGGACUGGAGCCGCCACGGAACACAGAGGACUUGCUAGCUGGCUCUGGAGACGUGCAAGAGCCCGAUGAGCAGGAAUCCUCCCUCCAACCCGAAAGUCUCGAUCCGGAUCAGAUGCGCUUGGAAGCAAUCGAUCGCCGUAGGCAGCAGGACAAUUCCAGGCAGGCUCUUUUCUUUUCUCGUCUGGGCCUUGACACCCACAAUCCAGUCCAGCAUACGGAAAGCGCGCCAUCUACAAUUCCUUCUGUACAGGACGAUCAAGCGCCCGCUGCGCAAGCAGUGCUUGAUGAAAGUCUAUUUGUGCCUCAGGAAGUCUCUUUUUCAUGGAAUCAUCUGUCUACUGAAACAGAUGUGCCUCCGAUGUCUCCAGAUGAUCAGAACAUAUUUGACCUAUUUCAGGGGCUUAAUUCGGAAGGUGAUACAAGUCCACCUAUUGAACAGCUUUUGCAGAAUUCACCCCACUCGAUCGCUAGUGCUUCACAAACAGGAAAUGCAGGUACCACAGCUGCACCUGCCGCCAAUGAGGAAGAUCCAAAGCCGUCCGCACCGACAUGUGUCGAGAUAAUAUCAUCCUCAUCUUCAGCUUCCGGGGACACUGACGUACCGGUAGAAGACUUCCCAGAUGAUGCUGGAGACCAAAGCUGCCCAACAGAGUGGCCCGACGAGGAGCUUGAAGCUAGUACCAGGGCUGAUCUAUCGAAGCGGAAGUUCAAUUCUAUCAAGAAAUGGUUUGAUAGUUUGGAGAAGCCAUCUGUGGCAGACGAAAUACGCUUGGAAACAGCAAGGCAACAGGAAUCUGCGCGAAAGAAUAGGGUGGCAAGGAGAAAAGCCUUGGAAAACCAGAGUGAACUCUUUGACCCAGAGAUUGACGAGCCCGAUGAAUUCACUUCGCGACAGGUUCCUAUCGAGCAAAAGACCGGAAGCUCUCAUGAUGUCCCUGUCAAGCCACAACCGAAAAAGCGGCGUCAAAACAGGAUUUCAGCAGACGAAAAGCAAAAGAGCAAGGAACUCGGUUUAGCUGCUGUUCUUGUGCAGCAGAAGAAAAGGGGGCCGCCAAAAGGAGCACCUCGUAAGCGGAAAGAAAGAGGGUCUGACAAUGCAAUCCCUGGGCCCAGUAAAAAGCGAAAGCGAGGGCCUUUAGGUUCCAAAAAAUACCUAGAAGCUCUUCUUUCUUCCACUAUCGUCGCUGAUGCACAUGCCAAUGCUUCACUAGAUGCAAUACCUGAACUCAAAAAUAAAGAUAAGAUGAAAGCACUCACACAUCUCGUUGCUAGUCUUCCUAGCGCGGACCAACAGGAGGCUAAAUCUGACAAGAGGUCGAUCAUUGCAGCUACUCGCAACUUCACAAACGUUCCAAGAAGCGACGGGAAAUCUGGAUGGAGGCUCAAGGGUCUAAAUACGAGCUUAUACCAUUAUCAGCGUAAACGCGAAUCAUCGUCAGAGAGGCCUUUUGGUGGGCUCCUGUGUGAUAUCAUGGGCUUCGGUAAAACUAUUCAAGCCCUGGCAAAUAUCAUAGAUGGCAAACCCUCUGAUCCGGAGGACCCUAACAAGACUACCCUCAUCGUUGUUCCAUCGCACCUAGUCACUCACUGGAAAACACAGAUCAACAAGCACUGCGAAAAGAAAGCAAUUGGCGAUGUCCUUAUAUACAAGGCGAAUUCGAGACUUGAGACCCUGGAUACCCUCGAUACAGUAGAGAGUCUCGUAAGAUAUGAUGUUAUAAUCACUACAUACGAUGAAGUCAGAAAAUCCUAUCCACGAAUCAAGGUCGCAGAUAGCGUGGCGGAUAACGACAAGCUUGCAGCCUGGUGGGAUCAGUCCUACGAAGAUGAGAUCGGUCCGCUACAUAGGAUCAAGUUUCAUAGGAUAAUCCUUGACGAAGGGCACACCAUCAAGAACCACCUAUCCUCGGUGUCCAUUGCUGUACGCUCUCUAACUGGCCACUUUAAGUGGAUUUUAAGCGGAACCCCAGUGCACAACUAUCUAGAAGAAUUCUAUCCGCUUUUCGACUUUCUCGGGGUCCCUGGCAUCAGAGAUCCUGGAUUCUUUAUAAAGAACUUUUGCAGCCUACCCGAUGUCAACGAAAGAAUCGUUAGGGUGGCAUUUUGUGCCGUCGAACGAGAGCUUUACAACGCAAUAUCAGAGGUUUUUAUAGAAAACAUCAAUGGUGCGCCAAACACACCUCGCGCCAUAUUAAGGAGCUGUGCACAUCUCGAACAGCCCAAACUAGCGCAGUAUCGAUGCUUUCUGUCAAUGAUCCUGAUGCUUCUCAAGAGGCUGCUGUCAGAGGGGAACCUCAUGAAGAGGCUUUCAAGGCUCGCCAAGCAAAGCGGGGAUCGAGAUCCAUCCUUUACUAUAGUGAAAUGGCUCGUCUCGGUGCGAAGAAACACAACAGUGCUUGAUGAGCGUGAGAACGAAGACACAUUCCAGUAUGCCACAGAGCUUCAUGGGGACGAGACGGCGUUGAUGCAAAAUUUCCGUCAGUUAAUGGACGAGCUCCAUGAUACAGAGAUUUGGGAAGAAAGACUAGCAAGAACUAAUUGCCCCCAAUGCGAUUUUGUUCCAGUGAAUCCGGUAAUAACUUCGUGCAGGCAUCUAUAUUGUGAGGAGUGUUACUACUCCUUACGGAUGGACAAGGACAAAAUGCUCAUGGAGCCUAAUUGCGUCAGCUGCCGGGUUCCAAUCAUGGAGGCCGCUUAUUUCAAGGAAGAUGGUGACGAAAAGACGCGACCUGCAACGACUCUGGGGGCCGUUAACCGGAAGAAAAAGCAGGGCAAAAAGACAACCACCACGAAGAAGCAAGCCAGGAGCAGUAUGCGCCGAGUCACCGCACCACAAAUCGAGGAAUCCGACGAAGAGCCAGAUGCUGACGAGGAUACGGACUGGAUUAAGGCAUGUGCUCGGCAUAUGCCCAGUGCUAAACUCACAAAGAUACGCGAGAUUCUUACCGAGUGGCUUGCACAGGAUUCCCCGGGCAAGAUAGUCAUAUUCACCCAGUUUUUAGAUUUCGUCCAAAUACUGGCUACUAUGUGCCAAGCAGAAAACUGGCCAUACGUUUUAUUGACUGGGAAACUGAGUCUAGCAGUUCGCGAAAAUAAUAUGACGUUGUUCAGUGAUAAAGAUAGCGAAAAGAGAAUAAUGAUCGCCAGUCUGAAGGCCGGGGGCACAGGACUAGAUCUAUCAGCCGCCAACAAGUGCAUUCUUGUUGACUUGUGGUGGAACGAAGCUAUUCAGGAGCAGCUGUUAACACUCCCAUUUCAGGCCUUUUGCCGCUUGUUCCGAAUUGGGCAAGAAAGCGAGGUGGAAUUUGUGAAGCUUAUCAUCGAGAACUCUAUUGACGACUACCUGCUCAAUUUGCAGACGCAUAAGACGGCUAUUAUAACCGGAGCAAUGGGCGAAAGAGCCCUAGCGGGGCGGGACACCAUUGAGGACCUCCUUCGAAUGUUCGCAGAUGUCGAGAAGGACCCUAGAGGAGUGCUUCACCUCAAGGCCAAGACAGCGUCAAGGGACAUUAGGAUUGGGGCUGGAUUCCGACCGACUUUUGGGGUUUUUUGA